AUGCUAGACACAGGUUUGGUACUUGAAAGACAAGAGAUCUUGCGAAUCGGUAAACUGGCUGAUGGCAUAGAUAGGAUGUGGAGAGUGCAUCCUUGGGGGCAGAACCUGAAACUCGGCCCGGGAGUGAUAAGGCUUGUGCUUGUGGUUGUAGAUCAGAGAUCGUCUACGUACAUAAACGAAAGCAUGGUAAACACAACAAGAAUAGAGACCUCAUCUGAUGGAGCAUGGCAAGGCGAUAAUCCUUUCCACUUCGCUUUCCCUUUGUUAAUACUUCAAACCAUUUUAGUCCUUUUCAUCAGCCGUUUUCUUGCUUUCCUUCUUAAGCCCCUCCGCCAACCCAAAGUCAUUGCCGAGAUCCUAGGUGGGAUUUUGCUAGGACCAUCAGCACUUGGCCGGAACGAAGAUUUCUUGAGGUUGGUGUUCCCAUCAUGGAGCACUCCGAUUCUCGAAUCCGUGGCGAGCAUAGGCCUCCUCUUCUUCCUCUUUCUGGUCGGUAUCGAGCUCGAUUUGAGCUCAAUCCGUCGCACAGGAAGAAGUGCCUUCGCCAUAGCCCUCGCUGGGAUCUCCAUUCCCUUCAUUUUCGGUGUUGGAAUCACCUUUAUCCUCCGCCGAGCUGUCAAGGGAGAGGAACACGUGGGGUACGCGCAAUACCUCGUGUUCAUGGGCGUCUCCCUCUCUGUUACCGCUUUCCCUGUCCUCGCUCGCAUCCUUGCGGAGCUCAAGCUCCUCACCACACAGGUCGGCGAGACUGCCAUGGCUGCGGCCGCCUUCAACGACGUCGCUGCCUGGAUUCUGCUGGCUCUCGCUGUUGCCUUAUCCGGCGGCAAUGAACACAGCCCCUUAGUGUCAGUGUGGGUGCUAUUAUCCGGCUUUCUGUUCGUGGCUUUCAUGCUUGUUUUGGUGAGACGAUUGAUGAAUUGGGUGUCACAGCCCCGACGAAACUUGUUCCAAGACGAGGCAUGCAUCUGUCUGACGCUGGCCGGCGUGAUGGCAUCGGGGUUUGUGACAGACCUGAUAGGGAUACAUUCCAUCUUCGGGGCCUUUGUCUUCGGGCUAACGAUCCCGAAAGGGGGUGAGUUUGAGCGGAGGCUGAUCGAGAGGAUAGAGGACUUCGUCUUGGGGCUGCUUAUGCCGCUUUACUUCGCAUCCAGCGGCCUAAAGACAGACAUCACCAAGAUAAGAGGCGCGCAGGCGUGGGCGCUCCUAUUGCUUGUCAUAUUCACGUCGUGCGCCGGUAAGAUUCUCGGAACCUUUGUGGUGGCCGUCAUGUGCAUGAUUCCGGUUAGGGAAUCCUUCAAGUUAGGGGUGCUUAUGAAUACCAAGGGCUUGGUGGAGCUUAUUGUUCUCAAUAUUGGCAAGGAGAAGAAGGUCUUAAACGAUGAGAUGUUCGCAAUCUUGGUGCUGAUGGCUUUAUUUACCACCUUCAUGACAACACCAACAGUCAUUGCUAUUUACAAAUCAUCGGACGAAGCUAAUAAUCCGAAUCAAAGACAACAAAAUCCCAUGACCGAAAGUACAACCUCAAAAUCAAAAACUAAGGACGGUCAUAAUAAUCAUGAUCACGAUGACAGGCUCCGCAUUCUGGCAUGCAUCCAUGGACCCGAAAGCAUUUCCUCACUUGUCAACCUCAUUGACUCUCUCCGCACCAAAUCACCGCUCAAGCUCUACGUCAUGCAUCUCGUAGAACUCACCGACCGCUCCUCCUCCAUCAUGAUGGUCCAACGAUCAAGAAAGAACGGCUUUCCCCUCGUCAACCGCUUCCGCCGAGGAGGUGGCAACAGCGGUGCCAGCCUCACAUUGCAUGAACAAGUCGCGGCGGCAUUUGAGGCCUACAUGAGCCGAGCUGUCGGAGGUGAAUUAGUCACCGUCCGCCACUCCACUUCCGUGUCGGCACUAUCCACUAUGCAUGAGGACAUUCUCCACGUGGUGGAAGCGAAGAGGGUUUUGAUGAUCCUGUUGCCCUUCCACAAGCAGUAUCGUCGUGAUGAUGGUGAAAAUCAAGCGCCCCUGGAUUUGGGGCAUGACUGGAGAGGGGUCAACAAUAGAGUAAUGAAAGAUGCGCCGUGCUCGGUCGCGGUGUUUAUCGACCGGGGGCUCGGUCAUGCAUUUGUGGCUGCUGAGCUUGCUAGUAGUCAUGCAAUGUCCAAUUAUAAUUGUAACCGGACAAGGAAGGUGUGUGUUCUGUUUCUCGGCGGAGCCGACGAUCGCGAGGCCUUGGAGUUGGGUUGGAGGAUGGCACAAGUACAUGAAGAAGAUUUUAGGGUUACGAUGGUGAGGUUGCUGAUUAAGAAGCCUCCACAACAUGAGAUCAUCAAUCAGCAGAGAUAUUGUUGCUCAAUCUCUGCCAUUAAUGACGAGAUGGAGAAGGACCUUGAUGAAGCUGCAAUGGCGGAACUGAAAAGGAGGUGCGUGAAUGGUUUGGGAGUGGAGUUGAUAGAGAAGGAGGUGGAGGGUAACUUAGCCGAGGCUGUGAUGAUCAGCAUAGGGCAAGGAAAGGUGUAUGAGCUGGUGAUUGUGGGAAAGGGACGAUUCCAACAUUCAACAAUGGUGUCUCGAUUUCAGAUGGAACAAGCUGAUUUUGGACCCAUUGGAGAAACACUAGCUUCCUCACAAUUAGGCGGCAUUCGAUCCUCGGUGCUUGUCGUACAACACCAAUUAGAAUUAAACAAGUCUACGGCAUCACUGCCCAAGAAUAUGGCUGGAUCAGCGAAGGACGCAAUGAUCAGGAUCAGAAAUGAGCAAUGUGUGGUGUGA